GCGGCGCGAUGGUCGCGGCCUAAAAGCGCCGGCCAGACGCGCUCAUAUGGAGGCCUACGCGCACCUGAAGACGGCGGAGCAGCUCAAGGAAGAGGGCAACGGCGAGUUCCGCGCCGGGCGCCACGCCCAGGCCGUGGCCAAGUACCGCGCGGCGCUCAAGAAGAAGUCGCUGGCCGCGCCGCUGCGCGCGACGCUGCUCUGCAACGUCGCCGUGUGCCUCGUGCGCCUCGAGCGCUGGGAGGAGGCCGUCGACGCCGCGAGCGAUUGCCUCAAGGGCGACGACGUCGCGGCGAAGACGCGGGCCAAGGCGCUCCUCUUCCGGAGCCGCGCGCUCCGCGGCUCGCCGCACCGGCGCGACGGCGGCGCGGCCGCGGCCGUCAAAGACCUCGAGGCGGCCCUGGCCCUCGACCCGGCCCAGGCCGCCCUGCGCCGCGAGCUCGCGGACGCGCAACGGGCCGCGCCGGCCGCGGCCGCGCCCGCGCGCGUCGCCGUUACGACCGGCCCGAGAGACGACGACGUCGUCGGCGAGGCGCGGCUCCUCGACGACGCCGCGCUCAAGGGCGCGCUCAAGGGCAAGGCGCUCUACGGCGCCGACGAGCAGCGGCGGCGCUACGUGGCGCCGCCGGCCGCGCCCGCGGAGCCGCCGCGCGAGUGGGUGCAGGCUCGCAUGAAGGAGGCGCUCGAGCGCAAGAAGGCCGAGUCCGGCGACAUGCCGCCGACGAAGGCCUACCGCGCGACGGCUUCGGGCGGCGUCGUGCCGACGUGGCAGCGCACGCCGGCGACGGCCGCCGACGCGGCGGCCGUCGACGCGUUCAAGCUCGCCGCGCCCGAGCUCCUCCCGAGCGACUUCGCGGCGCCCGACGCCGCGGACUUCAACCGGGGCUACCGGGAGGUCGACGUGUCCGUCUGGUGCCGGCGGCGCCUCUUCGCGCGCCUGCGCCGGCUCGAGGCGCGCUACGCCGACGCCGGCGUCCGCGACGGCGCCGCGGGCGUCGUCCGAUUGACGCCGAGCUCCGUGCACGGCGACGCGCUCAUGGUCCGCGUCGGCGAGCGCUGGGACCGCGCCUACGACCUCGGCGCGCGCUUCGACUUCGAGGCGCGGCUGGGCGCGCCGCGCACGAAGGAUGUCGUCAUGAAGGGCAAGAAGCAGCGCGUCUUCAUGGGCGUGCCGACGGUCCGCGGCGCCGUCGUCGUCCGCGAGCUCACGCACGUCGACGGCCCCGACGAGGCGCUCGUGGAGCUCGAGUGGGGCUACGGCACGUCGGAGUUCCACCUCGAGAAGGACGAGGUCGGGCUGUCGAGGGCCCACGCGGCCGCGCUCCGGGAGCUGCUGUCGCCGAAGGAGACGGCGGCGAACGGCGUCCGCGCGGCCGUCGUCGACAUGCUCCGGGGCUUCGUGCGCGACUACGAGGCGGAGAUCCCCGGCGAGCCGCGGCCGAAAUUAGACGCGAUCUCGCGGGACGCGCACCUCGACGCCGUCGACGCGGCCGUCGCCGCGGACCGCGCGCGCCGCGGCUGCGACGUCGACGGCGCGCCCGCGUUCGCCGCGGUGGAGCCCUGGGUCUGGCAGACGCCGACGGCGCCGUCGACGCAGCUCGACGUCGACCCGAACUCGAAGCUCGCGAAGCUCAACGGCCUCGACGCGGCGCCGGACGCGCCGGCCGCGCCGCGGGACGACGCGCCGCCGGACGACGCGCCGUCGGAUCCGACGGACGCGCGCGGCGGCUUCAGCCACAGGAUGAUGGAGCAGUUCGAGGCGCUGUCCAAGGACGGCUACACCGUGCUCCUCGGCUCCGAGGAGCCCGAGGCGCCGCCGGAGGCCGCGGCGCGCGACCCGCUCGACUACGACUCCAAGUUCGGCGACGUCUCGGACUCGGACGAGGAGUUGGAGUUGCCGGGCGACUUCGAGCCGCCCGGCGACCUCGGCGACGACUCGAAGCGCCUCUGGGGCGCCAUCUUCAAGAUCGCCAAGGGCAACCCGAAGGAGUGCCAGCGCCUCAUGCAGAACCCGGACGAGCUCCAGAAGCACCCGGAGAUCACGGCCCUCUACGAGGAGCUCGACCGGCCGUAAUUUUGGGAGAUU